AUGACUAAUGAGCUUCCUGAGAGGAGCUUAACGCUCGUCGUUCUAGAAUCCACAAUUUGUCUCGUACUUACCAUCUGUAGUCUUGUAGGCAAUACCAUGCUCUGUUUGGCCGUCUAUCGCAAUCCAAGGCUGAGAUCAACAACAAAUCUCUAUAUCAUCGCAUUGUCUGUGGGCGAUUUGAUGUGUGCAGUGCUGGAAAUGCCACUAACAUUUUGGACUUUAGUCGUUGGAAAAUGGGUGUUCGGCGACGGUGUAUGCCAACUUCACGGUUUCGUGGACGUGUUUUCAACUUAUUGCCCACCUGCCACUAUGGGUCUCACAGCCUUUAAUAGAUACAUUCGCAUCGUGAAGACUAAUCAUUAUCGACAAAUAUUUUCUCCUUGGCGUUCUAAGUUCUGGCUCUUUGGCGUUUGGUUCAGCCUCGCCGGAUAUCUUCUUAUUGCGCGCGUAACAAAUUGGCAAAGAUACGACUUUGUUGUCGGUUUUGCCGCGUGCAGUGUGGAACAUUACACAGAAAACAGAAAACUCAUUCAUUAUUGCUUUGUGGUGUCGUUAUACUUUGGCGUUUCAUUUUUAGUUGCAAUAUUCUCUUACUACAAUGUGUUUCAAGCAAUUAGGAAGCACCAUUUACAAGUAGCUCCCAGAUUGUACAGCGCCUCAUUAGCCACGACCUCCGCAACACAAACGCUGAGAAUUUCAAUACAGGAAAUUAGAAUCAGCAAGUCGAUUGCUGUUGUAAUGGCAGGCUUUACCCUUUGUUGGAUACCGAUGUGGGGUCUUUCUCUGACCAACAGGUUCUCCUCGAGCCCUGUGCCAAGAAUAAUCCCAUUACUCGUAACAUUUUUCAUCUUCUUAAGCAGCUCAAUCAAUCCCAUUAUCUACGCUGCUACUAACAAUGGAUUUCGACAAGAAUUUCGCAGAAUGGUAUUCUGUUUCAAGCGAAAAGCUAGAGUUCCCACUGCGCGUAUGCGUGCAGGUACGAUUGUGGAGAAUAUCAAUGUGAACCAUGAAGCGGAGAAUCCCGAAGAUGAAAAAAACGUCAACGUUACUUACUUAGCUAUCGUGAGAGCUAGCGCAUCUGCCAGCGCAACUGUUAGAAGCUCUGCGAAAUACGGGCAAAAACCACUUUAUGAGAAUGCUGAUCACGCAAGAUAG